AUCCACAAUUUGUGUUAUGAGAGCCCGCUUAGCUCAGAGGUUAGAGCAUCGCAUUUGUAAUGCGAUGGUCAUCGGUUCGAUUCCGAUAGCCGGCUUUUUUUCUCUAUUUGUUUUCAUUUUUGACAUAAGGUAUAAUCUCUUUUUAUUUUUAUUUUAGGAAAAAAAUGGGAGUUCUAUUUCUCUAGAACAAAUCAAGAAAAUAACCUCCUUUUUUUAUUUUCUAUUUAUUUAGAUAGAUAUACAAUAGAAUAAAAUUCGGAUACUGAUCGAAUCUUUCCAGUUCUUUUUUGUAGUAUACUAUUUAUAGUAAAAUACUUUAAGUAGAUUUCGUUUGAUUUAUCAUUUUUGUUAUUUAGUUUAGUUUUAAUUUAGCUUUAUGAGAUUUUCCAUUUUAAAUUAAAAAGGAGUGUUUAUGUCACGUUACAGAGGGCCUCGUUUCAAAAAAAUACGUCGUCUGGGGGCUUUACCAGGACUAACUAGUAAAGGGCCUACAGUUGGAAGCGAACUUAAAAACCAAUCGCGCUCGAGUAAAAAGUCUCAAUAUCGUAUUCGUUUAGAAGAAAAACAAAAAUUGCGUUUUCAUUAUGGUCUUACAGAACGACAAUUGCUUAAAUACGUUCGUAUCGCUGGAAAAGCGAAAGGUUCAACCGGUCAAGUUUUACUACAAUUACUUGAAAUGCGUUUGGAUAACAUACUUUUUCGAUUGGGUAUGGCUUCGACUAUUCCUCAAGCCCGUCAAUUAGUUAACCACAGACAUGUUUUAGUUAAUGGUCGUAUAGUAGAUAUACCAAGUUAUCGUUGCAAACCCGAAGAUAUUAUUACAGCGAAGGAUGAACAAAAAUCUAGAACUCUGAUUCAAAAUUCUCUUGAAUCAGCCCCCCGCGAAAAAUUGCCAAUCCAUUUGACUCUUGAUCCAUUCCAAUAUAAAGGAUUAGUCAAUCAAAUAAUAGAUAGUAAAUGGGUUGGUUUGAAAAUUAAUGAAUUGCUGGUUGUAGAAUAUUAUUCUCGUCAGACUUAAA